CUAUAAGUACGGAGAGAUAAUAGUAUGCGGGGCAGACUAGCGGAGGAAGACUUAGCGGAGCGGGAUGACAACUACCAAGUAGUCGAGCAAGAGGUCUCCAACGGGUGCAGGCAAGAACCGGAUAUUAUCCUUAAACUUGCCCGUUUGCUGCUGACCUUUGUGGUAUGUAGUGUGUAGUAUAACUAGUCUGUGCUUAAGGUAGACGUUUCGCCGCCGCUGGGUGUUACACCAGGUGACGGAGAACAGUUCACUCUCGCGCAGAGGCUAGCUAGAACCCAUGUGGAUUAAGACUAAGAGCCUUUUUAGGAACUCGUUAGCCACGGCCUCAUACUGCUCAAUCGCCUUCCCUCGCCAGACCUUAGCGCCAUCCGCGGUGGCAUCCAGGAACGAGUCCCGCAACGGCUUCGAGUCUUGGAUAACGGUUAGCAAAGACCUCGCUAGCGGCUUUACUAGCUCAACGUUCUCCCGGUGCUGGCCAAAGAACCAGCCAAAGGCAUCGGCGUCCAAGUUGUCCUUUAAAGCCCAAGUACGCAUCCGCGGGAGGUUCUGGGCCCCGAAUAUUAGCUCGUCGUAGAGUAGGUGCUAGGCCUGCUAGAAGUCGGAGAGUAAGAGCCGCGGCACGUGAUCCAUAUGCAAAUCAACGUCCCGGUAGGUCAGGACCUUCUCGUCCACAUCCCACUGUGCUUGGUGCGGCCCAACGACCUCCUUCGAGACAGUAAACAGCAGUAAGCGCUAGCCGAGGAUCUCGCCCAUGGGAGUCUCGGUGUCCUGCUUUAAGAACCGCCCGCAAUACUGCUCAAUGCGCUCGAGUGUAUCACCUAGCUCCGCCUUCUCUAGACAGGCGCUGGCGUGGAAGAUGAUGAGCUGCGCAACCUAGAUCACACCAGACAAGCAGCUAUUAUAGUUGCCCGGCUCCUUCCAAGUCUUGGUGUGUGGCUUGACGCUGAGCAUAGCGCAGAAGCUGAGUAGUGGGGAGUUGUACCGAUUGCCUCCAAAUUCGUGGCAGAUCAGCGCCAUUGAGAGGACGGAUAUAGCAUCUCUC